GCCGCGCGGGCAGGUGGAAGGCAGGCGCGGGGAGCUGGCGGGAGUCGGGGGCGCCGGCGGCGAGCGGGGCGGGCGCGGCGCGGCCGGCGCAUGCGCACUGGGGGUCCGGGCCGGCGCCGCGCGCCGCCAUUGCGGGGAGCGGUGGUCGGAGCGGGUCUGGCGCGCGCGAGGCCGGACGGGCCGCAGCAGCCCAGUCACCCGGCGUCAGCGGCUUAGGCGGCGGGGCCCUCGGCACCCUGUCCCGCCCGGGUCCACGCUGGCGGCGGCGGCGGCGGCGGAGCCUGCCGGAGCGCCCUUUGUCUGCGAAGGUCUUCAACCGGAAAUUCUGUCUUACAAGAUCCCUGCCAGGAUGCAGAUUUGAAUACCGUAAUGAAAUGUGUACAUGAGGAAUUGAUGCUUUUAGAGAGGGAGAAAAAAGGUAAUAACAGCCUUCGAGACCCCCUGCAUCUCAGCUCGGCAUGGACAAGGCAGGAUUCUGAGAGUGCGCAGAAAUCAUUCUUGUGGCUGUCCGCUGGCUCCGAGGCUGACAUCAGAGAUGGGGCACCAUUAGAACCAGAGAGUGGCUGUUCCCCAGUAGGCACUGAAAAUCAACUUUCAGGAACUGCCCCAGAUCCUGAAGCUGCUGAUGCUGGUGUAUCUGCUGGCUGUCAUGUAGAAGAUAACAGAGCUUUGGUGACAUUACAACCUCAGAACUGCAAAGAGGUGUAAUCCCAGUGGAAGACUGAAUCCAGAAACUCAAAAAGGAAGGUACGCCUUCUCAGAGUGCUGUUUUUCCUCAGGAAGAGAACAUGGAGGAGAAAGAAAGGAAUGAUGGCCCACAGAUGCUGAGGUCCCAGGAAUCACUGACGUUUCAGGAUGUGGCUGUGGACUUCAGCAGAGAGGAAUGGGACCAGCUGUACCCUGCCCAGAAGGACCUCUACCGGGACGUGAUGCUGGAGAACUACAGAAAUCUGGUCGCACUGGGGCAUCAGCUUUAUAAGCCAGAGGUAAUCGCGCAGUUGGAGCUAGAGGAAGAGUGGGUGAUAGAAAAAGACAGCCCGCUAGACACCUGUCCAGAUGGAGAAAACAGACCCGAAAUCAAAAAGUCAACCGCAAGCCAGAAUAUUUCUCACGAACAUCAAACCCAGGAGAUGAUAAUGGAGAGACUCACAGGAGACAGCUUCUGGUACUCCAUCCUAGGAGGACUCUGGGAUUUUGAUUACCAUCCAGAGUUUAACCAAGAAGACCAGCAGAGAUAUUUAGGACAAUUAACUUUGACACAUAAAAAGAUCACACAGCAGAGAAACCUUGAGUGUAACAAGUUUGCAGAAAACUGUAAUCUGAACUCAACCCUUAGGCAUCGGAGAAUUCCUUCCAUUAAAAUACCCCUGAAGUCUGACCGACAGGGAAACAGCAUCCAAGAUAAUUCAGACUUGAUUUACUAUCAGGGAAAUUAUUCAAGAGAGACUCCCUACAAAUACAAUGAGUGUGGAAAAAUCUUCAAUCAACAUAUCCUUCUUACUGAUCAUAUUCGUACUGCAGAGAAACCCAGGGAGUACGGGAAGGCCUUCAGCCACACCUCAUCUCUUUCCCAGCCUCAGAUGGCGCUUACAGGAGAGAAGCCCUAUAAGUGUGAUGAAUGUGAAAAAAGAUUCAGCCAGAGGAUACAUCUCAUUCAACACCAGAGAAUUCACACGGGCGAAAAGCCCUUCAUAUGCAACGGAUGUGGGAAAGCCUUCCGUCAGCAUUCAUCCUUCACUCAGCAUCUGAGGAUUCAUACGGGAGAAAAGCCCUAUAAGUGUGAUCAGUGUGGGAAAGCCUUUAGCCGUAUCACGUCCCUUACUGAACAUCACAGACUUCACACUGGAGAGAAACCUUACGAAUGCCGUUUCUGUGGCAAAGCCUUCAGCCAGAGGACACAUCUGAAUCAGCACGAAAGAACUCAUACAGGAGAGAAACCCUAUAAAUGUCAUGAAUGUGGGAAAGCCUUUAGCCAGAGCGCACACCUUAAUCAACACAGGAAGAUCCAUACUCGGGAGAAAUUAUGUGAAUAUAACUGUGAGCAAACCUUAAGCCACAGUCCUCCGCUUCACAGCACGUAACUCAUGGUGGGGGAAAGCAUGGAAAUACAUAAAUGUGGGAAACCAUGGUGGGGGAAAGCAUGGAAAUACGUAAAUGUGGGAAACUCAUGGUGGGGGAAAUCAUGGAAAUACGUAAAUGUGGGAAACUCAUGGUGGGGGAAAUCAUGGAAAUACGUAAAUGUGGGAAAGUCAUGGUGGGGGAAAGCAUGGAAAUAUAUAAAUAUGGGAAACCAUGGUGGGGGAAAGCAUGGAAAUACAUAAAUGUGGGAAAUUUUUGGUCAGACAUUUUUAUCCCAUUCAAUAUCAAAUUAUUCAUAGUGGAGAGAAACCUUAUAUAUAAACUUUUUUU